AUGCUUGACAAGUGCAUUGGGUGCAAUCAAAGAAGGAGGAUAGAAGAACCAGAAGAAGAUAAGGUCCGAGCACUAUGUCCUGUUUGUCGAUUAUGUCGAGCGUGGGUUCAUUUUAGAGAAUGUGGGCAAUCGUCGGAAACGUGUUUAAACAAUUUCUCCACUGCAACUAAAGAAUAUUCCGCAAAGCAAAUAGAAACUACUCAUACAAAGCUAAAGCCCUUUUAUUCCAUUCUUAUAGAGCACAUUCAAAAACGCACUUUUUCAAAUGGGUUAUUAUCACCAAACUCGGGUGAACAGGUUUACAAUAAGAUAGAUGACGAUGAUUUGACAGCUUACAAUAAGAUAGAUGACGAUGAUUUGACAGCUUACAACAAGAUAGAUGACGAUGAUUUGACAGCUUACAACUCUAUAUGCCGAGUUUGUAAAAAGGUAAGGGCCCAGGAUGAACCGAGGAGCUUUAGGAAGAUGAGAACAUGUCCUCGUUGUUGGUUCAUAGAGGAUUAUAAAACAGGAAAGUAUCCAUUAUCAAUGACCCAAUAUUUCGGAAACACUGAUGUUUCCAUCAAACUAUUUCUCUUGAAACAAGAAAUAGCGCUUGGGCACGAUGAUUUCAUUGACAAACUUUGCGAAGAUAAAGAUCUUCGAAAAUACAGUAGGGAUAUUCGAAGUAUAGCCAAGAAUAUGAAAGAAUCUCAAAUCCAAAACACAUCACCACUACCAACAGCAUCGCAAGCUUCAAUGAAAUUAGUUUCAGAGUUGUCCCCAAAGUUACUAAAAGAUUUAUUACAAGAACAAGCAACUACGUCUGAGCAUGAUGCUUUGCAAAGUGUAAACUUAAAUGGAGGUGGAAACUCUCGAACUAGUGAGGAGGCAUCAAAUGACCGUGCUUUGAGUGCACCGCUGGUUGAUUUUAGUGGGCAUUCAGAUCACAAUAUUGAUGAUGAUGAUGACUAUGAUGAUGAUGAUUGGCUAACUAGCUCAUAUGAAAAUGAACUAAGCAUGGGUGAGAAAAGUCCCAGAAACAACAACAACAGCAGCAGCAGUAGUAGUAGUAGUAGUAGUAGUAGUAGUAGCAUCAGCAGUAGCAUCAACAACAAGAGGAGGGGGACAAAGAGGAAAAGUAGAAGGAGGAGAAUACAUAUUUCCAAAUCCCCGGUAGCGAACCUACUGCAAGAUAGAAGUAGUACCAAGAGUGUCCAACUACGCGAGGAUAGAGCAUAUAUUAAUGGAACAAACUUUAUCCAAAGCAAUGAAACUGAUAGGCUUGACAUAGAAAAGAAUAUAGAUUAUUUCAAUAAGGUUGCAAAUGUUAGCCCCUUUUUGGAAGAAGAAGAAACAGAGAGUCAGGUUAACGGACAGGUAGUUAUUCCUAGAGAUGAAUCUGAGAGCAAAAGUGAAUCUCGUCAUGAGAGUUUUGUUGAAAACGUCAAUGUUCCUGAAGCCGCUACGAUUACUGUUCAAGAAGAGCCAUCUAAGGUUAUUGGUAACAAUCCAUCAAUGAACCAACCUUUGCUGGACGAUUCCGAUGACGAUAUUCUUGCCGAAUUUUAUACCCCUCUUGUUGAAAGUGACGACGAUUCUGGUGAACCAGUGGCCGUACCCACUCGAGUGACUAGGCGUAGAAGAAAACGCGGGAGAGCAAGGUAUACUCGUAGAGCACCGCGUACAACGUCGAACAAUACUCAACAACAACAACAACAAGAAGAAGAACAAGAACAACAAGAAGAAGAACAAGAACAACAAGAAGUAGGAACUCAACUGGGUGUAUUAAUACAAGAGGCAAACAAUGAAGCUGUAAAUUUAGGUAGUAAUGGGCAAUCGGCAAACAGCAUAAAUAAUGGGUUGAUUUCAAGACCAGAACAAUUUGGAAAAAACGCAACUGAUGUUACUCCAUCAAGAGAACCAAUCGAGCGCUCUUUGGAAAUGAGUGAAUUGAACACGGGAAAAACAGGGCACAGAAGAACAAGGGACACGAGUUUUCCAGUAUCAGGAAAUAGUAGUGGCCAAAGUGUGGAUAAUCGGCUGAUAGCACAGAAAGCAGCAACAACUUCAUCUACAAGAUCAAUUCGAAAUAAUAGUGUAGAAGAUUUUCCCGGAAGAAUAACAGAAUCCCCUGAGCCCAUACUAGAAGCAAGCUUGCUAAAUACUCAACAAAUUAGCCAUCUGCCAGCUCCCCCUCCGAUCACGCCUCGUUCAGUACGUAUAGAAGCUGAAAAAUGUCUGGUUUGCAAAAAAUCACGAAACUCCGAACCGUAUGAAUCACGGCUAAGAGAUACAUGCCCCCGGUGUUUAUUAUUGGAGAGAGUGAAAACGUGUCAUACUUCUAUUGCAGCUGAAUUUCAACUAUUGGAUAAAACAGUGAAAUACUAUUUAUUCAAACAGGAAUUGGCGUCAAAAGAAAAUCUUGAGCUUUUGACUGCGUUUUGGCAAGAUAAUGAUAUUAAUGUCUUUACUCAGGAACAUACUGAUUACAUUCGAGAAAAGCAAGAGCUUGAUUGGAUUGAAGAAAGAUCUCCUCUCCGGCAAAAGAACAACAGUUCUGCAGGUGGUGAUGGUGAUGGCGAUGGUGGUGAUGGUCGUGGUGAUGGUGGUGAUGGUCGUGGUGAUGGUCGUGAUGGUGAUGGUGGUGGUGAUGGUGGUGGUGAUGGUGAUGGUGGUGGUGAUGGUAAUGGUACUUUACCGAAAAAAGGAGGCACUAAUAUCGAAAAAAUAUCUGCCGUCGCCACUUCCGCUUCUACUACUACAUCCUCUUUGCGUGGCAAUAGACGUAAGAGGAUUAUUUCCGUCAACCCCGAUUCCGCACAGCGACGAAAGAGGUUGUGUGAAAUCGAAAAGUAUAAUCAUCAGCAAACUCGUCCAGUACACAUAUUUGAUUUUUUGUCCAAUUCAAGAAACAGUACCAAAAGCACAAGAACUCUUAGACCCAGAGCUACAAGAAGUAAUUGA